ACGGCUCGCCCGCUCGCAACGGGGCGAGAAGUGAUAAAAGAACUACGAUUAAAGUACACUGUCCAAACGACAAAUUUAAUAUGGUGUGCUUUGAUGAAAUGACCGAUGCUCGUGAUAUCAUAUCCAGGAUAGUGACUGGUAUGCGUCCAGGAACCAGAGCGUUUGCUGGAUGUUACGCGCUCAGGCUUCGAAAUUUAGCAGACGGAGAGGUCGUAUGGCUGUCUCAUGAUGAUUCCAUGACUAAAGUAUUAGAGCGUUGUUCCGGUCCAGGUUCAUGGAGAUGUGAAUUAAGAAUUCGAUAUCUACCCGCUAGUCUAAAAACCAUGCUUGAACGGGAUACUGCGACAUUUCACUACUAUUACGAUCAGGUUAGAAAUGAUUACUUGCAAAACACUCACCCAAAUUUGGAUCAGGAAGUUGCCGUACAGUUAUGUUGUUUGGAAAUUCGACAUGUUUAUAAUAAUCCACAGAUUACGUUGGAUAAAAAAUCGAGUUUAGAUUAUUUGGAAAGAGAGGUUGGUUUGCACAAGUUUUUUCCAAAAGGUGUAUUAGAAAGUUUCAAACCAAAAACCCUACGCAAAAUGAUUCAGUCGCAUUACAAAAAAGUAGCUUCCUUGACUGAAACAGAAGCAAUGCUCAAGUACUUUGAUAUUUUAAGAGGAAAUUUUGAAUUUGAUCAAGAACAUUUUAUUGUAGCAUUAGGAUCUGGUUGGACUAUACCAGUAGAAUUAGUGAUAGGUCCUAAUAUUGAAAUUUCAUAUAUAACACAUCGUGGAGCAUUACCAAAUAAAAUAGCCGAUUUUGCCCUGGUAAAAAGUAUUCGAACCAUAGGUCCGGAUUGCACUAAAUCUGAUAGCAAAGGAAAAGCUGCUAUUAGACUGACAGUGAAAGGCACUGAAGAACCUUUAACAAUAUCUUGUCACACACUUGAGACGGCAGAGAGUAUUGCGGAUUUAAUAGAUGGUUAUUGUCAACUUGUUAAUGGAAAUCAAAUAUCACUUUGGACAAAAUCCGGUAAAUGUUUUUUUAAAUAUAAUUCAGCUCAUUCUGGUACAAAUAAUAUCAAACCCAUGUUAGCAGAAGAUUAUGCUGAUGUGCCAGAUGAAGAAGGGGAUUAUUCUACACCAUCAACACAAGAUUAUAAACUAGAAAGAUCACAAAUAACAUUAUUAGAAAUAAUUGGCGAGGGUCAAUUCGGCGAUGUUCAUAAAGGUGUGUGUACACCAAAAAUGAUCGCAGGAUUGCCUUUAUGCCCUCAAGAAGUUGCUGUGAAGACUUGCAAAACUGAUAACGAUCCAGAGAAAGCUGAAAAGUUCCUAGAAGAAGCGUAUAUAAUGCAGAAGUUCGAGCAUCCGCAUAUCAUAAAAUUAAUCGGAGUGUGUGACGAACCUCCAAUUUGGAUCGUUAUGGAGUUAGCUAAAUUUGGUGAACUAAGGGCAUAUUUGCAACAGAAUAAGCAUAAAAUGGAAUUAGGCACUCUUCUUUUAUACACAUAUCAGUUAUCAACAGCAUUAAGUUAUUUGGAAAGUAAAAAAUUCGUUCACAGAGAUAUUGCUGCACGAAAUGUUCUAGUUAGCGCUCAUACUUGUGUUAAGUUAGCAGAUUUUGGAUUAUCACGUGAAGUUCUAAGUUAUUAUGAAGCUUCAAGAGGAAAAUUGCCUAUCAAGUGGAUGGCGCCAGAAUCAAUAAAUUUUAGGAGAUUUACUACUGCCAGUGAUGUUUGGAUGUUUGGUGUAUGUAUGUGGGAGAUUUUAAUGCUUGGAGUGAAACCAUUUCAAGGAGUUCGCAAUAAUGAUGUUAUAGGAAAGCUAGAUAAUGGAGAACGUUUAGCACUGCCACAAUUGUGCCCCCCUAGACUUUAUAGCCUUAUGAGUCAAUGCUGGAGCUAUGAGCCUUCUAAACGACCUACAUUUAAACAUAUUAAAGAAGUCUUGAAUGAGAUUUUGAUGGAAGAAAAACAUAGCGCGAACGAAACAAUGCGUCGCGAAAAUCGUCGUGUGGCUGCUAUGUCUUGGAGUGGUGCAUCUGGAGAACAAGAUGUGGCUCCACCGAAACCAGCCAGACCCAAUCUCAUAAAUUCGGAUUCGAGCUCCUCUUUGUCCCUGACUUCGAAUGGCGGCGCACCGCAAACCUACAUCGUAGCGCAGAGUCCGGCCGUCUUGGCUCAAUUGAUGCGCGAGAAUGAAUCUCGCUCAGUUAACCCGUCCGCGUACACCACACCUGCAUCGGUAUUUAAUACAUUAGCCGUGGAUUUCAUUGAACCUACCGAAACCACUCCGGGUUCCGUUCCAACAUCUGCGUCCACACAGACUAUCAAUAACGAUGAACCGUCCGUUAAAAUUUUACCUAUUCCCGCCCACAGCUUGUUAGACUUAGAUCCACCAGCCAAGAUUCCUUUAGAAGAACCUGCUCAAAUUGAUUAUGUCUCUAAAAAUGAGCUGAAACUUAUGAAACAAAAUGUUUCUAAUGAGGAGUUGCCAAUUAAAGAUUUAUCUAUUAAAUAUCCAGAAUCCCACAUGAAUAAAGUCAGAUCUCUUGAGCGCAAUACUCAUCUUCAAGGUUUUUCCACAAAUACUCCUGUUUCUAAUGAACGAUAUCCUAUGAGAAUCAAUUCACUAGAACGCAGCACAAAACUGCACAACAGUGUUGAUGAAUACUCACACAAUCUUUUACAUUAUCCGAGUAUAUCAAGUGAGAAAGUAAAACGUCAAUUUUCCUUAAACAGUCCUAGUUUUAGCAGGGUAUUUUCUAAUGAUUCCUUGUCCAAACCACUCCUGGAACACAUCUCUCCUAGAAUCAGCCCUAAAAUAAGAGAAAUGCAAAGUAUAUAUUCAGGUUCACCAAAAGUUAUGUCACAGCCAAAAAUGGGAAUAGGAAUGGCUAAAAUGUACGGAAAUUCGACAGUUUAUUCGCAACAAAUAAAAGAGCAUCAUCAUACUGGUCAUGUGCAAGAAGAUAUAUAUGAUUUUGGAGGUGCCAACGUUAAAUCUUGUGCUAAUAUUAAUAAAAAAAUGACAAAUAAUAGUCUCAGUACAAAUACAAUGAAUGCACCAUUUCAUACAACGCAGUAUAAUAGCGCUGAACAGAGUACUGAUGUUGGAACUGAUAAAGUUGUUAUAGAAGAAAAACUGCGACAACAGCAACGUGAAAGUGAAGAAGAUCAAAAAUGGCUUGUGGAGGAGGAGACAAAUUUGAAAAAGCGUCUAAGUAUUAUAACGACUGGAUCUGAUCCAGUAGACUAUUCGUCUUUUGAUGCGUCUAUGGCGAAUUAUGCAAACCAGGCAAUUAUACCAUCUCAAUUCAUUCAGCAACCUUCAGGGAUUAAUUCAAUGUAUAAUAAUCAACAAUAUCAGCAAAUGAAUUUCCAACAAAGCCCUUAUCAAAAUUGCUUAAGUCAGAGUACUUCUCAGCAACCUAGUUCAUUGCCUGCCAAUAUUAAUCAUGGAUUUUCUAGUCCUCCAAAUGGUGAUUCAAGACCUCAUACCCCCAUGGGAAGUUCGGUUUUGUUUAGGAACAAAAGUAUUUCUCAAGAGAGAUGUGAUAAUUUAGGCUCUGAAGAAACACAAGUUUCGAAAAUUCACUCUCAAAAUUCAGAGAGUGGCUCAAAGGUAGAAUUAGAUAGAACAAAUGAUUCAGUUUACACGUGUACCACAAAUGUGGUUCGGGCGAUUAUGGCUCUGAGCACUGGUGUGCAAAGUGCAAAAGUAGAUCAAUACCUGGAUCUAGUUCGUACGGUAGGUUUAGAAUUGCGAGGACUACUAUGUGCUGUUGAUUCUCUAGUCAAUCUAUUCCCUGUUCAUGCUCACAGGGAAGUGGAAUUGGCGCAUAAAGUGCUUUCUAAAGAUAUGAGUGAACUAGUAGCGGCUUUGAGACUUGCCCAGCAAUACAGUGAAACUACAUUAGAUGCAGAAUACCGAAAGAGCAUGCUUUCUGCAGCUCAUGCAUUAGCGAUAGAUGCUAAAAAUUUGCUAGAUGUGGUUGAUGCAAUUCGAGUAAGAUUUCCACAAAUUCAAGCUCGAAUUUUAGCUCAGGCAAUGAAAUCAAACUCAGAACAAAUCAAAAUGGAAAAUGUUGCAAACUUUUCACAAUCAAACUUUCAAGUGAAAUCUCCAGAAAAUCAACAUCUUGCAAAAACUUUACAUACAACUGAGGGCAACUAUGACAAUGCUCAAAUAAUGAAAUUGGAUGAUGAUAAAAUUAAAUCUAGUAGCAUUCCAGUAGCCACUAUAACAACAAUACAAAAUAGAGAUAAUUCUACAUUAAUGAAUACUAGUCAGAGAGGAGAGAGUAGUUAUAUUACCCAAAUUGACGAUCAAUCUGAAAACAAUGACUUGUGUAAAUCAGAUUCUAAAGACAGAGGUAGUGAAUUAAAAAUUGUAGAGACAGCCGAAAGCACAAAGAAUUCUCACAUCAAUUCCAUGUCUAAUACAACUAGUACUUCAAAUAAACAAGAAACAGUUAUGCAAGGAAUUAUUUUGCCGAAACCUGCUUCUUGCGCUUUUAUCCAGCAACACCAGCCUGUCUAUUCUCAAACACAAAAAAUAAAUUUAAAGCUGCCUCACUUUAUGGGUAAAUUACAAGAAAAGUGA